CGAUAGUAAUUGCGGGUAUGGGAACGUCAGUACGCUGGCCAGUCCUGCCCUGUGUCGCAGAGGAGGGUCCAAGGGAGUGGAGAGCUGUGUAUGUGUGUACAUCAGUGGUCCCUGACGAGGCAGCGGACAGCGGCCGGCCCGGGUAGAGUUUAGCUCAUCGCAGUUACAGUUGACGCCACAAGACUUGCCUUCAGCCAUGAUGAAUUCCGACAUGGAUGUGCUGGAAGUAGAAAAUCAGGUGGAACUGGAAGAAAAGACGCGGCUCAUAAACCAGGUUUUGGAACUUCAGCACACAUUAGAAGAUCUCUCUGCUCGGGUUGAUGCUGUAAAAGAGGAAAACCUAAAGCUGAAGUCAGAAAACCAAGUUCUUGGGCAGUAUAUUGAGAACCUCAUGUCUGCAUCCAGCGUCUUCCAGACAACAGACACUAAGAGCAAGCGGAAGUAAUGGCGGAUUGUGCCUGUAUUGUCCUUGUUUCCACUGGUGUUUGUACCUGAAUAGUAAAUAUGGGUCUAGUUAGCAGAGAACGUGCUUUCACUCAGCGAGCUGUAAACCUUCUGUACACAUGGUGACUGCACGGACGACACUACUUUAAUACACUAACAGGCAUUCUGGAUUAACCAUACAAUGUCAAUGACUACACAGGUAACGUCUUAGGAGAAAUCAUUUAAUUGGCUUUAAAAGACUCCACAUCAGUAAUUACCCUUGUUAUAUACAGAAGAAAGUGUUCUACAAAUGCUGUGGUGUAUUUUAAAGCCCCUGUAUGUAUAGCGGCUGCAUCUAUAGCAGAGUAGGGCUAUACUUUAUUUUGCAUGAUGUCUAUAUGUUCAGUAUCUAUUACAAAAUAUCCUGGUGCGGGCCAUAGGCUAUUCUAUUGGACAUCCCUGAUCCAUUUGCUCAAUUAGGGGAUGUGGAGUUGAUGGAGGGGAGUCCCCCUCCUCCUCCCCCAUUCUCCUCCCAUAGUAGGAGCUGCCCUUUCUGGAGAACCCCAGCAUGUCCUUGCAUCAUCAUAAUCAUCCCCUCCAAGUGCUUCCUCCCUACAACAUGGGACCCAGCUUGGACGAAAAAGCCUUUAAAUGAUACAGAAAGUAUAGGUUAAGAUGACAAAAAUAGUGAUAACUGGGUGUUCUCACCACUUGUCGUGUAGUUUUCAACUUGUGAAUACAUACUCCUUAUUUGGUUUUAUGUUGCGUUUGUGUAUUCAUUUCUAAGCCACAUUCACACUGCCCUAUCUGUUUUGCUGUCCUCAAACCAGGGAUCCGCAAAAUGCAGACAUCGUCCGCUGUUUUCACCAUGCCUAUUCUUGCCAGUAAAACACACAAGACUAGGAUUUGUUCUAUAAUUUGCGGCACCAAUGCGGACAACACGCAGUUGACAUAUUUGUGCAACAUCUUUUUGCAGCCCCAUAGAAAUAAAUGUAUCUGCCUGUAAUCGGACCAAAAGUACGGUUGUGUGAAUGAGGAUUUAUUCUGUGUCCUCUCCUGAUGUUCAUCGGUACACUGCAGUCUCCAUGUGCAGGGAAGCAUUGUUACUUACUUUGGAGACACUAGACAUUUGAGCUUAUGCCCUUGUGCGUACUUUUUCUUUAUAACUGCCAUUAUUUGUCAUUUACUAUACCAACUGUGAAAAUCCUCACAGAAAAAAUCCUGCAGCUCGGUGAUCCUGGCAUUGUCUUAUAGUAGUCAUUAGGGGGCGCUGCUGGUCAUAAGCUAGUAGAUGGCUUUAUGCCCAGCAACACCCUUCAAGAUCAGUCCAUUCAUGAUGUAAAGAGGAACCGCUGGAAGUCUUGUGUCAUAUGUGAAUAAUACCUCUAAUGGUCAGAACAGUAUUCUCCCCAAUAUUUGCUUAGUCCCCCUCCCCUAUUUAUUGAAAGAUGUUGUCAGCCAGACAGGACAAGAAAACACGUUUACCAGGUAACGAGUACGGUGUAAGAGAAUUCACAUUGUGCCAGGAACACAGAUCCACUAAAGCAGAUACUUGUAAGUUUGACAGAUCCGUCCGCAGCUCAUUCCCUAGUUUUGGAUUGCAGUAGAAACAAGUGAAUGCCUCCUUGAUACCCUCGGCAGGGUUCCUGCAGUGCCAAUCACAGCUAAGUAUAUCCACAUAGAACAUUGCUUUGUAACGUGUAUAAAGUGUCUUAGUGAGAUCUAACACUGUAAUUAGGGAAUCUACUGUAAGUUUACAUCCUUAGUUAUUCUAAUUUAUUCUGAAAUAAAGUACUUGGUUAUUUGAUGCCA